UCGUACUUACCUUUGUUUACCAUCUUAACAAGACUUUUUUUGCCAUCGCAAAGUAAUGAUCAGUUAUGUUCGGUACUUCUAAGACGAACCGUAAAAUGGAAUUAGUUUGUUUUCUCGUAUUUAUCGUUCUGGGAGUCCGUUCGAAUCCCCUUCCCGAGGGACACCCAAAUAGCGGUUGCGGAAAAAUAUACUCCGAUGAUGAGUUCAUCAUAACUAGUGACAAUUACCCGGGGCAAUACCCACCAAACCAAAAUUGCUUCUAUCUAUUGAAAGGCGAUAAUUGUACAACCCGCUUUAAAUUCGAAUUCGUCCACUUCGAUAUCCAAAGUUCCGUCGGUUGUACCGGUGAGAGGCUAGAGAUUGGAAACCAAGACGCUUUGUGCGGAUCGAAAAACGGCACCAAAAUAUAUUUAGCCGAAAACGGGAACUUGAAAUUGAAAUUUAUUUCCCAACCGGGUUCAGUCGCCGGUACUGGUUUCCAAAUUUUUGUGAAAAGGUUGGGGUGUGAAAUAGAAGAGGUUAGCACUACCACAACGGUAUCAUCCCUAAUCACAUUAACCAGAUGCUGUAACGACAACAAUUUUAGUUCCAAACGAUUUUUUAUAACUAGUCCGAAUUUUCCACAUUCUAUAGACGCUGAAAAAGACUGUUCGUAUGUCAUAACAAAAAAUAACGAAAACGUCUGCAGGUUGAGGAUUCACGCGUUGUUUUUCUGGCUUGGCGAGCCCUCGUAUAAUGGUUGCCCUCGCGGGUAUUUGGAGAUAGAUGGCAAAUAUAUCUGCGGUUGUAAUGCGGACGUAAAGCUAACGUCUAAUUUUCGAUUUUCCAACCACAAAAUACUCAAUUUUCGAGUAUUCGGGUCACAAUUAAACACAAUCUCUGGAUUUGUCCUAGAAGUUUUUCAAGACGAAUGUCCAAAACGAUACUUACCAGAGGAUGGUUCGGUUAGUAAAGGAUACCACGAAAGUCGAUGGCCUAAUAUUGAGCAACUCCAGCUGGUGCAUGAAAAAAGUGACUUGUUUUCACCCGACACCAACACACACGAAGGAUUGGCAAGCAUAUUUAGACACGUUUACGUGUUCGCUCCGAAGCAAGAGAAUGACGUUUGGUUGAAUAUGGAACCUCAAAAAUCCACUUACAUAGAUACAUUUUCUAUAAAUACUUUGUUGUCCAACGUGUACAAUUAUCAGAAAUGUGCAGAGUGGAACCAAGAGCAAUUGAUAUAUUUAAGUAACAAAUUCGGAGGAAGUUUUAAUAGCGAUUGCAAAAGUUUCAACGAGAUGUCUUACGGAAAGAACUGUGUAAUUUUGAAUUCCCUGGCCGGCAAGAUUGCGAACAUGUGGCCGUUUUGGGGCAGACAAAAUUCGUGUUAUAGGUUUCAGACGCAGCCUGGUUAUUGCGAGAUAAAGUUGACUUUUAAAGAAUUUGACAUGCCGCAGAGUAGUAAUAAUUGUGGAAACGGAUAUUUAUCAUUUGGAAAUAAGUAUCGAUACUGCGGGAAUCAACUGAAGGAUACCACUGCGAUACUAAACGUUCAAAAACGCCCCUACCAGGAAAUGAGGUUUGUGUCGAAUUUGUUCUGUUGUCGGAAAGGGUUUUCGGCAAUUUACAGACAAAUCCCGUGUCAGGAUCCGUACUAUCCAAUUACUCCCGCAAAUCCUCCUUGGAAUUCAGAUGGAGAUCACACUCCGAAAUCAGUACCCAAUCAGUGUGAAAAAAUUAUCCGGCAAGAAUCAUUUAUUUUAUCGGGAUAUGACAUAUUAGAUUCGUGUAACUACACGUUAAAACGGAUAUCCAAUGACGUGUGUAAGUUAGAACUGCUUUUCGAAUAUUUUGAUACAAAGUGCGCAGCCGAGAAAAUAGUUGUCGAUGGGAUAUCCUAUUGCGGCCUACUGACUGGACAACGGGUAUUACACAACUUCACGAACGACAAAGUGAUUGUUUAUCAGAAAAAUAAUCUGGCAUCGCUUGAAAGUAACCGGGCGAAUUUUAGGAUCAGCGGAAUUCAAAUCUCAAACAACUGCGAGCCGGACUUUCCACCGCCACAAAGGAUCAUAGCCGCAAACAUAGUGCAAAGCAAUAAGACACAGCAGUUUAAUUAUACUAGUAGCAUUCUGCGUGGUAUUUGUCAAGUUAUUCAAAGUAUUGAAGAGACCGAAAACUACCCAAAAAAUUUGUGUUUUAUCCUGAAAAGUUUAUAUCCAGCAAUCGAAUGCAAAUAUUUUGACGAUGCAGGAAACUCGUUUGACGAUGGAAAUCCGCCGCAGCUGAAACUGAAACUCGAUAAUGGAAAUUCACUCGAAAUAAGAAAACUCGACUGUUAAUUUAGUAGGAAUCGAUUAGCAUAUUGCAUCGGGAUCGACUGAGCAAGUGCAAGCAAUAAGACGAAAUGUAAACCAACAAAUGAAAGAGAUGGCAAAAAUAAACAUUUGAUUCGAAUUUCCUAUAUAAAUUGGGUAUUUGAUUAAAGAAAUUAGUCGAUGUUAACGAAUUGAUUAUUUGUUAAUUUUAAUUGGUUUGUUAUCAAUUUUGUUGCGUUUGUUUUCAAUUAAAA